AUGACGUGGGCUGGUCGUGCUAGAGGACCCGGUAUCGCAGAGAGUGACGGUGCUGGUGGCAUCGGAGUUGCCAUCACCGGCAGGGAGCAUCGGCGUGUACGACGUGGUUCCAUAGUUAGGUCGAUCCAGACGACAUCGUGUCAAGGUGAAGUUAUCCGUAGCAGGAAAACUCCUGACUCCGCCUUUUUUUCGCAGCUGAAUAUUAGGUAA